AUCCACUGGUGGCGCUGGUAGUAUCUUAGUCUCAAUUUUCUAGUCUAUUUAUGUUUUGUUGGUAAAGUGAGGUUAUUUGAGGUUAUUUUUGCCGUACCCGGUACCGCACGUGUGAUCGUGUUUGAUCGCAUUCUAAGGAAAAGAAGAAGAAAUAUAUACUGUGUCGCGAGCAUGUCCUCUCUCGAGAUCCUCUCUGAUUUGGCUGGUCAUGUUUUUGAUAACGACAAGCUGGUCACCUACAAAUGGCUAAGUAAAGAGCUACGUGUCCAUGUUAACGUAGCAAAACAAAUCUUAGGGGAGUUUUAUCAGAAAUAUCACAAAGAUGACAACAUCGAAUGCACAUAUUUGCUAAUAGGUCAUCUAAAGGAUAAAGGAAUGCGAGUGGAGGUUGUCAGAGGGUCCGAUGUAUCUAAGGCUAAAGACAAAUUCAGCAAAAUUAUCUCGGAGCACAUCUAUAGCGUCCACAAACCAAUUGUGGAUCUGGAGUUGCUCGCCACUUCUGGUGCUGGUGAUGCAAAUUACAGCGCAAUAAAAUGUGACGCCUGCAAAGAGCGAAGUGAUGAAGAAAUGCAAUUAUUACGUUGGGGUACAGCUGCUAAAAAAGUUACGGAAAAUUUAAAGUCUAUAGAUUCGAUAAAUCCGUCAAAGACAGAAAAGCAUUCAACGAAAAAAAAUGGAUUUAAUAAUCUAUUUAAUAUGGCUGCAAAAUCAAAAAGUCCUGAAAAAUUAAAGUCGUGCUUCCAAGAAAAUGACAGAGACUCAGUGAAAAAAGAUAACUUUCGGAAAGAAAAAGAUUCAAUGAAAAAAAAUAAAGAAGACUCAACAGAGAAAGAUGAAGCUUUAAUGGAAGAAACUGAGGGAUUAACAGAAAAGGAAAAAGAUGUUGCAGAAAAGGAUACAAAUUUUGUUCAAAAAGAUAAAGAUCUUUCGAAAGAACCUGCAGAAAAGAUUAAAAAGUCAACUGGGAAAAAUAAAAGUUCCAUGGUCAAUUCUACCGCUAAAAAAGUGUCUCCACAAAGUAAUUCUGUAAAAAAGGGAAGCUUGGAUAAUUUCUUUGGAAAACUGACAUCUCCAUCAAAAUCUGUAGAAGUUACAUCAACGGAAAAGAAAAGUGAUAAUGUCAAAAAAGAAUUUCCCGAGGAAAAAAGAAGUAAAGAAAAGAAAAAUUUACAUGGGAAAAAGCGAAACAGAAGCAAAGAAACAGAUGAAACUGCUAAGAAACGGAAGAGAAUUAUUAUACAGAAUGAUUCUAGUGAUUCGGAGGUACAAAGUGAUGUAGAGAUGGAGGAAUCAGUUCCUGAAAUGGAGCCGGAAACUCUUGCGAAACCAAAGAGUCCUUCUCCACCAAAAAUAAAGCAUGAAAAUGGCAAAAGAAAAAUCUUGAAGUUGGUAAAUAAAACUUAUAAAGAAGGCGAAUAUAUUGUGACAAAGAAAGAGCACAUUUAUGUAAGUUGUUCAGAAGAUGAGGAAGAAGAAAAAGAGGAGAUGAAGAGAAAAGAGAAGAAAGCAGAGACUAAGAUGGAGAAAAUGAAGAAAAAGCAAUCCACGCUCACAGAUUUCUUUAAGAGAUCUUAGUAUUGUUUCAAAAUUAUAAUGUCCAAGUAAUUUCAAAAUAUCUAUUUUUUUUUUUUAAAUGUGAAUGUAAUAUAUCUCA